GCGGGGCGUGGGCCCGCGGCGGCGUCAUGGCGGAGGCGGCGGCGGCUUUGGACGCGGUGCGGAGGGAGUUACGAGGGUUCCCGGCCGCUGCGAGGGAGCUCAGCGUGCCCCUUGCUGUGCCCUACCUGGAUGAGCCCCCAACUCCUCUUCACUUCUACCGGGACUGGGUCUGCCCCAACAGGCCCUGCAUCAUCCGCAACGCCCUGCAGCACUGGCCGGCCCUGGAGAAGUGGUCUCUCCCUUACCUCAGGGCCACAGUGGGCUCUACGGAGGUUAGCGUGGCUGUGACCCCAGAUGGUUACGCGGAUGCAGUGCGAGGGGACCGCUUCGUGAUGCCUGCUGAGCGCCGCCUGCCCCUGAGCUGCGUGCUGGACGUCCUGGAGGGGCACACCCAGCACCCGGGAGUCUUGUACGUACAGAAGCAGUGUUCUAAUCUGCCCACUGAGCUGCCCCAGCUGCUGCCUGACCUGGAGCCCCAUGUGCCGUGGGCCUCUGAGGCGCUGGGAAAGAUGCCGGAUGCUGUCAACUUCUGGCUGGGGGAGGCAGCUGCAGUGACAUCUCUGCAUAAAGACCACUACGAGAACCUCUACUGUGUGGUGUCGGGAGAGAAGCACUUCCUGUUACAUCCCCCCAGUGACCGGCCUUUCAUCCCCUAUGAGCUGUAUACACCAGCAACUUACCAGCUAACUGAUGAGGGCUCCUUUAAGGUGGUGGAUGAAGAGGCCAUGGAGAAGGUGCCCUGGAUUCCGCUGGACCCUUUGGCUCCAGAUCUGGCCCGGUACCCCAGUUACAGUGAGGCCCAGGCCCUUCGCUGCACGGUUCGGGCUGGUGAGAUUCUCUACCUGCCAGCCCUGUGGUUCCACCAUGUCCAGCAGUCCCACGGCUGCAUUGCUGUGAAUUUCUGGUACGACAUGGAGUAUGACCUCAAGUACAGUUACUUCCAGCUGCUGGACUCCCUCACCAGGGCCUCAGGCCUUGAGAUGGAACCCUGGUGAACAUUGCCAAGUGCAAGUCACGGGAAAGGUCACAUCCCUUCCUGGCCAGGCCAGUCCUUGAGGCAGCCUGGAAUCGGAGUGGCUGCUGGCCCAGCUCCGGUUGGGGUCGGUUUGGAGGAUCUUAACCCACGAGGUGCCAGGCAGGUUGGACUCAGUCUCCCAGGAAGUUGUCACACAAGGGCGGCAGCACCUGGGGGAGCAGUUAGGGCUUCGGGUGCAAUGCUGCUGCUCACCAGCACAUGACCUGCGCUGAGUGCUGCCCAGGAGCAUUGGUGCCCUGGGUGUAAAAGGUGGAAAUUGUGGCUCUUGCUGCACAGGGCUUAGAGAUGAUAGCUGCACCUGUGGUAUCUGUAAGGACUGGCAUACAGGAAGUGUUCAAUAAACAUGGCUGUGAUUCGUGCGUUCUGAGACAGCCUGGUGGCUGCCUUCCGUCGUCUGUGGAGGUCUGGGAGGCUCAGGUACAGAUUUCAGGGGUGAGGUCUGGGUCCAGGCUCUGCUGUCAACUCCUAUCACCAGCAACCCUCAAACCCUCCUGAGAGCAGGCAGGUCGACCUUGUGACUCUGGCACCGGCCUCAUUGGCUCAGGACUCUUACAGCUUCUGGCUGUGUUUAUUCUCUUUUGGCUCCAAGGCAGCUGGGGGCUCUGGUAUUCUGAAGGUCAGAAACCCCUGUCCCUCCUGAAGCUGUUCCCCUGAGGACGGAGUUUGUUUUCCUCACUCAGACUCCAUUCUGCCCCCACAAACCAUGUCUAGAGGUAGAGAAACCCCCUUCCCUGGUGCCUGUCAGAGGCCCCAUCCUUGGCCACCCAGCACCCAGCUCCAAGGAUGGGCAUAGCCCAGUAGCUUUGAAGGCUGUUUCUCAAAACAAGCCACACCCUGCUGGGCUGUGGUGGGGCCCCGGGCACUCCCUCAGGUCAACCAAACCCUUCAACGAAACUGGGCAUUCCUGUCCUACUGGCACCAGGAGGCUGCUGAAGGAGGGGGCCGUAUCUCUUCACUUGCUGCUGGUCAGAGACCUCUCCCUGCUCUCCCGACCUCAGUGGCCCUUCAGGCCCCAGUCUCCUUCCUUCUUGUCCACCAUGAUGAACUCUCAUGGGGGCCUGUCCUCUAGGGCCAAGAAGGAAGGUGGGACUGGGCAGGCACAGCUGGAGAGAAUGGUCUUUAGGGCAGUUGCACCCUACCACUGGCUUGUCAGUGGCUCCCUGCAGGCUGAAGGUGUCUCAUUUCCUGGCUGUCCAGGAGUGGGUGUGGGGCUUGGGUAGCGUGGAGGCGGUUGGGAGGGACCAGGGAGGAGCUUGGGGCCGGCUGGGACACCCCUGACUCCAGGUUAAAAGGCUGAAGCCCUUGGUCCUGUGCCUGUCACUCCUGGCUCCUGAGGAUACAGCCUCAUGGCUCUGGUAAGACCCGGGAGGGCACCGCACCCCAACUCUGACCCUUCGUCUUUUGGGGGCCUGCUCAAAAUUGGUUCUUACGGGGGCUGUAGGCUUCUCCAGGUGGAGGAUGGGGUUGGCCAACCUUGAAGCUGGGUGGGAGUGGGGCCGGAGAAGGGUCUUGGGAUGAAGGAUUGUCCUGGAUUCUCCUGCCCUGGAAGUGGGCUCUGGGCCAAGUUCCCUGGACUUGGAUUUGGGAUCGGUGAAUUUAGCCUCCUAGCUCUUGUCCCAGGGCCGUAAAAGGAAGCGUCUGAUCAGAUACUCCUCUGACUCAGUUGUUUGGGGUGUGGGGGCCCCAGGGCUGACACCAGUGGAUGAGCAUCCCCAGCUCUGUCCUUGACCCAGGGAGCUCCCUGGACUCUAUCCAUGGGGACCCUUCCUGAAGCAGAACUGGAGGGCAGAUGGAGGGAUCGGUUUGCACAGUCUCCUUGUCAGGGGGAUGGGUUUGAACUUGUAGGACCUGGCGAUCUUGGCAACCUGUGGUGGUCCCAGCUGGUGACUGCUGUCUCAACCCUAAAAGACCCCAUUUCCAGAAUUUUUUCCUGGCCAGGGUGGAGGAUAUGGGGAACAACUCAAUGGGAGGGCCCAAGGCCAGGCCCCUUCCCCUCUGUAGCUGCCUAUCCCCAGUCACUGGGGUGAGUAGCCUCAAUGCUAGUCUCAAGGGUGUGAGCCAGGGUGCUGAGUAGGGAGACUAGAAGACACUACCGGGACUGGAAGCAGGUAAGUGUGGGCUUGAGAACACGAGUCAGGCUAGUUUGGCCCAGUCCUGGCCCUGGCCCUCAGGCAAGUGACUGCUAAGCCCUCUGCUUGCUUCCUCGUGAGGCUGGUCGUAAUGAGUAGUCCUCCCACAGAAGGGUGUUGGUGAUCAAGCGAGCUAAGACAUACCGCCUGAGCUGGCCUGGGGUCCCUCCAGCACUGGCAGGUGUCCUGACAAAAUGCCCUCACUGCCUUUCACGUCAGGGCUCUGAUGGGCGGAGGGCAGCCCCGUGGCCAGGCAGAGCUGGCCAUUUCGCUUAGGCCGUGAGGGGUCAUCGUGGCACCGGCUUGGCCACCUUGGCCUUUGGGCCUGUCAGCCUACUAACAAGCUGUCCCCCCUCCCGCUUCUAGUCACAGGUGCCCGGGCCCUGCCUGCUCACCAUUCGUGUCCUGC